AUGGUCAAUUAUAUCUCAGGUCUAUCACUACAAUACACCGACUUCAUGCAAGACCCUGGAUGGAUUCAGUACUUCAACAUUCCUCAUUAUGGAUAUACAGCUUUGCAGCACAAUGAAUUCCUGGGACAAAACUUCUGUCCAGAACAUAACACAGCAGAAAUCAGUAAAUGUCAGAACUAUAUAAUAUGUACUGGUGAAGAAUUCUUGACAAUCCAGGGCAUUGAUCUCUCAUCAUGGGGCUUCUGGAAGAAUCACGUGGCCUUAGCUUGUAUAAUGAUUAUCUUCUUAUCAAUUACCUAUGUGCAGUUAUUAUCUCUUGAGAAAAAGAGGUGUUUUAAAAUCACCCUUCCACUUUCUUUGAAUUAAACUGACAUUAAAAGAAAUUAAAACUUUACCUGUCAGUGGCCAUGUCAGUGGAGCAGCAGGUAGCACUUGGAUUUCAGGAGUUCAGUCACCAGAGUGCAAGGCAAUGGUGGGUGAAUCCUGGAUAGGCAAGACCGGAGAACUUGAGUUUUAAAUGUCUCUUGCUAGUGCUGUGCCAUUACAUGUUUGCCAAUGCCACUUUUCUCUGGUAUCUGGCAUGGUAUGAAUGGGUGUGGGGGAUCCCCACUGCCUUUAAUGUAGUGUGAUUAUCUCAUAAAAAUAUCAUGGUUUACUAGACAUUUUUUAUCUGUGGAUUAUUAUGAAGUUGAUUUCCUCUUAGCCUGUACUGUUCAACUGAAGUAAUGAUUUUAUAAUAGCAGUGAUAGUUUUAAUAGGAUUUUGAUGAUUAAGAACUUUUCAGAAAUGUAGUAAGGGAUUGUGAUAGAGGUUAGUUUGGUGGGAAAAUUAAUAUAGGUAAAGUUAGGAUAUCAUGUUGCCCCCACCUCUGAGAAAGCAGGGGCUACAGAGAGUGGAAAAUAGGACCAAGGAAGUGUUAUGCAUUAGGACUUAUGACUUUCUCUUGAGAAGCUGUUUAGACUGUGGUUUAGAUUAAUUAUUAAGGAAAACAAUCAAGUCCCAGAAAUUAGCUCAAGUUCUUUUUGAUGUUGGGAAAUGUGUUCAUAGGUUUCAGUGUGCAUCAUAGCUUUAAACAAUUGACUUCAUGUAACUAGAAAACAAAGAAUUAGAUGGUUAGUUAAGAUAUUUGGACAGGACUCUAAAAUAUGAAAAGUGAAAUCAGUAAUCCAUUUUUCUGACAAUUAUAAAAAUGAUUGCCUAUGUAAAUGAUUGUGACUGAAAGUCUCCAGAUCUAUAAGUCUAAAAUAUAAAUGUUUAACUGUAUUGGGUGCUGGGGAUAAUUUGUGUUUUACCUGUAAUAUGUAAAAUGUUUACUCUUGUAAGGGAAAUGGGAAACAUGUUUUUUUUACUUGUAUUCAUUGUAAUCAUUUGCUUAAAAAUAGAAUGUAACAAUAUUGUAAUUUUUAUAUUAUUUGAAAAAUUCUGAUGGGGUACAUAAGCUGUAAUGGAAAAAUAAAG